AUGGGAUCAGCUUUCUCAAGUCCAGGCAACGAUGCCCAAGAAUUGACAGAGAUAAAGAAGAAAUUUCCCGUGGUAGCCUCUAUUGAUUUCGGAACUUCUUUUACUGGAUAUGCGUUUAAAAUCAGGGACAAUGACGACGCCAAGCCGAGCUACGCAAACGAACUUGAAAAGAAACACGAGAUAACAUGUAUUUUGUUCGAUGCUGACAAGAACUUCGAUAGUUAUGGCAGGGACGCCUUGCACAAAUACAGCAGGUUGCCACAGGAUAAAAGAGAUACAUUUUAUUUCUACAGAAACUUUAAAACUUCGCUGACUUUGGAAGGUAAACAUCUGAAAUUGGCUGACACAGCUUCGAGAAAUUCCAUCCAGCCAUUGUGCGUUUUCAAGGGGGCUCUCGAUUAUUUGAAAAGGUGCGUAAUAAAACGAGUCAAUGAAGUCAUUGCAAACCCCGGGGCUGGUGCACCAAUCAUUGAGGGCGAUGUUAUGUGGGUGAUUACUUUCCCAACGGCAUGGAAUGAUUCUUAUAGAGCUUUUAUGAGGGAAUCGGCGAUGGAUGCAGGAAUGAACUUCAACAACAUACGGCUAGUUACCGAACCGGAAGCUGCCUCAAUGUACAUCCGCGAUAGGUGCAUUGAAACUAAGGGCAAUAAUGUUAUUGAGCCCCUGGAACCUGGCGCUAAAUACAUCCUUGUUGACCUCGGCGCAGGAACGGUUGACCUUUGUGUGCAUCAGAUUCGCGAAGACGGAAACUUGAUGGAGCUUUGCCAAGCGGCGGGGGGACCUUUCGGAGGAGCCCAAGUUAAUUUCGAGUUCGAGGAGCUUCUUAAAGAAUUGUUUGGUAACGAUUGCAUUCAAAAGUUGAAAACGAAACAAAUGUUUAAAUACACCAAGCUGCUACAAGAAUUUGAAGAUGAAAAGCUACGUUUCAGCUCGUCGACGAAAGAAGUGGUAUUAAAUGUAGAUUUUGUUGUUCAAAAGUUUGAGGAGCGUAACACAAAAUCUUUGAACGAGCGAAUUUCCUCCGGAAAGUUUCACGGUAAGCUCAUUUACGAAAAAGAUACUGGAUUAGUUAUGUCCGAUGAAUUGAUGAAAGAUCUUUUUGGAAAACCGCUAGAAAGUAUCAUCCCGUUUAUUCGAGAAAAACAUGACGAAUGUUCUGCCAACAACUUAGAUGUGCAGAUGCUUCUCUUAACAGGUGGUUUUUCAGAUUCCGACUUUGUUAGAGACAACAUAAAUCAAGCGAUGGAAAGCCAACAUGUUCAGGUCGUUCACUUUCAAGACGCUAAAUGCUCGGUUAUGUUUGGAGCGCUUAAGAUGGGUAUUUCACCUCAAUCUGUCAUAGAGAGGCGUUCGAGAUACACAUAUGGAUUCUACAAAAAGAUACCGUUCGAUGAGAAAAUCCAUCCACAAGAAUUGAAAUGUGACCAUGAAGGAAUCCCACAAUGUGAUCAAGUAUUUCACAAACUGAUUGAAAAGGGACAAAUCAUUAGUUAUGGUCAGGUGUUUUCGAGAAAAUCAAAAACAGAGUACAACAAAGAGAAACACAAACCACGGCGUGCAUCGCUGUGGAAGUCUGAAAAAUCUGAUCCAAAGUACUGCACAAAGGAGGAAAAUUGCACUGUUAUUGCAAACAUAGAAAUACCGGCACCUUCUGCGAGUGGAUGGCCCAACAUGUUGCGCCAUGAACAACAACUGAUUGUUUUGGAAAACGAAUUACAUUUCAAGUUUGUCGAUAGGACUACAGGACAAGAGUAUGAAAAGUUUGUGAACUAUGUAUACGAGUCAUAA